AUGUCGAAGCGAUCAGCAGACUCGGAGCAGGAGCAGGAGGCUAUUAAGAAUGGCGAGCGUCCCAUGGAAAUUGACCAGAACGAGGCGGGAGAAUUCGAAGAUGAAUUUGAGGAUGAGUUUGAGAGCGAGGACGAGAUAUUGGAGGCGGGUGUAGAUGGACGGCCGGAUGAGGAGCGUGAGGCUGAAGAGCGCGAACACGGCAUGGAUGUCGACCAAGAUACUUUCAUACCGGGCCGACACAAACUAUCACCAGGCGAAACCCUCAACCCCGAUCUGUCCACAUACGAGAUGUUGCACGCACUAGAAGCGCCGUGGCCCUGUCUCUCCUGCGAUAUCAUACCGGACCGUCUCGGUUCAGAUCGCAAAACGUACCCCGCUACCGUAUACUCUGUCGCCGGUACCCAGGCAGCGCGGGGGAGGGACAAAGAGAAUCAGAUCAUGGUCAUGAAGAUGAGCAGUCUGUCGCGUAUGGAGAAGGAAGACGAGGAAGAUGACGAGGACGAUUCCGACGACGAGGCCUCAGAUCCCAUACUAGAAACAAAGUCAAUACCCUUGACAAGUUGCACCAACCGCAUACGAGCACAUCAAACACCACAAGCCACAUCUGCCCAGCCUCCAACUACCCUCACUGCUGCCAUGACCGAGUCCGGCCAAGUUCUCAUCCACGACGUCACUCCACACCUCACAGCCUUCGACACGCCCGGCACCACAAUCUCACCCUCGCAAAAUAAGCCCGUCUGCACAAUCCGCGCACACGGAUCGAAUGAGGGCUACGCGCUAGACUGGUCGCCUCUGAUACCAGAGGGAAAGCUUUUGACAGGUGACAGUGUUGGAAGCAUCUUUGCGACAACACGGACACAGGGAGGCGGUUUUGUAACAGACACUACUCCAUAUACCGGCCACAAAGGCUCAGUCGAGGAGCUACAGUGGUCGCCAACCGAAAAACAUGUCUUUUCGUCAGCGUCGAGUGACGGUACCGUCAAGAUCUGGGAUGCGCGCUCAAAGUCACGGAAACCAGUACUUAGUGUACAAGCAUCAAAAACAGACGUCAACGUACUCAGCUGGUCGCACCAGACCGCACAUCUCCUCGCUAGCGGUGCCGAUGACGGUGAAUGGGCAGUCUGGGACCUGCGACAGUGGAAGCCUUCCACCGACAUGUCCAACGACAAGAAGCCCUCACCAGUCGCAUCCUACACCUUCCACAAGGAGCAAAUCACUUCGGUUGAGUGGCAUCCCACAGAUGACAGUAUCGUUCUUGUUUGCGCCGGCGAUAACACCCUCACACUAUGGGACUUGGCUGUCGAGCUCGACGACGAAGAGAGCAAGUACACAGCCGGUGUACAAGAUGUGCCACCGCAAUUGUUGUUUGUUCACUACAUGGAUCAAAUCAAGGAGGCGCACUGGCACCCCCAGAUUCCGGGUACCAUCAUGGCUACAGGUGGCUCAGGUUUCAAUGUUUUCAAGACGAUUAGUGUAUAG